GGAGCCGCCAUCUUGUGUGAAGAAGUAACAACUAAACAUGGCGGCGGCAGCGGUCUGGCGAGUGGGCGGAGUUGGGCGACGUCAUUGCCCCCCUCCCUCCCUCGCACGGUUUCGCCUCUGGGCCGAGGCCUCUUAAAGGACCCCACACUGCCUCGCGGCGAGAGCCCAGGGCCACUGCGCGCUCGGCUUGGGCUCAGGCCGCGGUCGAGGCAGGCGCAGGCGCGCCCAGCCCCGCGGCCCCCCCACCGCGCCUCCACGCCUCCGCCCUGGGAGCCGCCAUCUUGCCACUUCCCUUCGCCCGGCCGUCCGCGGGCGUCAAUAGCGAGUUUCAGCACAAAACAAAGAUGGCGGCUGCGGCAUCUGGGGAAUGCCCGGAUGAGAAUGCCUCAGACGAGCUCGGCCCCGCCCCCCUUGGGAACUGUCCCCCGGGUCGCCGAAGGGACACACGCCCGAGGAGUUGCCUUUAACUAGCAGUGGGGACUGGGCAUAGGUUGCUGAGGGUGGCUGACGGGAGACAUUAAAGUUGCGACUCGGGCUGGGGAACGGACGCUUUGCCGCUUCACACACCCAGCAGCCGCAGGAAACGCGGCCCGAGCCAGCCGCGGGGGUAGCCGGAGGCGGGGCGAGAGUGGGCGGUGACGCGGCCGGCUCCCAGGCCCGCCAGCCCCGCCCCCGGGCGCCACCGCCACCGUGCGCGCCGCAACUAAGCCGGGCGGCGCGGCCGGGGCAGCCGUGCGCCGGGUACCCCCCUGCCCCACCUGCCACAGGGUGAGCAGUCAGGCCGGCGGCGCCCGAGGCGAGCGGGCGGGCGCGGGACAGCGCCGGGCCGCCCGGCGUCACCUCGUGUCACCCCGCCCCGCCUUGCCUCGCCUGCUUCCCAGAGCCCCGUGCUCCGCCCCGCACGCAGGCGCACGGCCGCCCUUCGGGUCCGCCCUUUUUCGAGAUUUGAAUUUCCCCCAGCAAAGCGAGAGAGGCAAAAUACCCGGAUGGUGAUCGCUGGCCUUUUCGCGCCAAUACUGUAAGUUCUCACAACAAGCUUUAGAGCUUGCACAAGGGCUGGUGUGGACUCUGCCUGGCUGCUGGAGAGAAGAGUCGCUUUCCACGCCCUUCCUGGACCUCCUUCUCUAUCAAGUUGAUACUGUUUGGCUCUUGUCCCUGGCCCUCCUCCAUGCUUGCCAGCAGACAAGAGGGUCAGGCUAACGUGGGCCACAUAGGGCCCCAAAGGCCUGGCACUUUCUGCCAGGGAUCCAGGCCCCAGACGGGUGCAGGGAAGGACCCAGAGCCCAGGCGGGGCCUCAGCUGGCUUCUCAGCUGGAGUCAGGAGCUGAAUGGGGAAGCCGCUGACAGGAAAUGACAGCUGAGUUGAGGGUGUGAGCAGGCCAGACACAGGAGGGAAUAAGGACUGCAGAGUCUCAUUCUAGCUGGAGGACAGAGUGGGCCUGGGGAGCUUGCAGGGCCACCUGGGAAUGGCACUUUGAUGUCUGGCCAAGUGGUUGGGACGUGAUCGUGCGUGGAGUGGAAAGCCAGCCAUUGAAGGGUGUUAAGCAGAGGCUGACAUGAUCCAAUCCAAGGGUACUUAAAGAAAAUACUAGGUACUUAAAGAAAGUGCAGAUCAUGUUAGCAGUGGCCAGCCUGGAAUUGGGAACCUUGGGGCAGGGGCGGCCCCCUGGACCUGGAGCCUCCGUAGUCAGAGAGGAGGGGGUUGGGGGUGGUGUGCGGCAGUCCCACAUGCUGAGAUAGAGGCUUGUGGUCAGCGAGGAGACGCAGAGUCGGGCUGAGGGCUUCAGUUCACUCAUGGAAGUGCUGGGCCUCAUGGUCCUCCUAACAACGGACCCCCAAGACAGAACGGGAGCAAGAAAGCUCAGCGUGAGGUGCAGCUGUGCCCUCCCCAGAGAAUCCAGGUGGGCCCCCAGGGCCCAUCUGAGAAGUGAAAUGGCAAAUAAGACCAGUGAGAGGGUGAGGACGAGGAGCAGAGGCGCUGGCUUCAUGCUGGAACUGAGCUGACCUGAACUGGAGCAGGUCUGCACUGUGCUGGAGGGAGAGCAGUUAGAGCUUGCCCCACCCACCCUUCAGGAUCCCAGCUGCCGGGGGUGUGGGGAGACAUGACACAACACUGUGCCUCAAAAAUACACCGUGCGAUGUGGUCUACGUAUAUAAGAAUUCGUUUAAUCCACACAACAACUGGGCCAGAGGUUCUGGUAGGGUCCUGUUCUACAGGUAUGCAAACUGAGGCCCAGAACAGUUAAGGCCCAAGGUGACACAGUAGGUGGGUGCUGGGGUUUGAACACAGACAGUCCUCGUUACCACACCUGCCUGCCUGCCGUCUUGACUUUGAGUCAUUUUCAGAGCCUUAAUCCUCUUUUUUCUUUGAUAUUAAUACAUUUCUUGUCUACUAGGCCAACUCACACUGCAGCUGGCCCCAAAGCAGUUAACAGUCAGUGAUAAAUUUCUAAAUUGUCUGUUUCUGUGACUGCAGGAAAUGGAAGGUUUUAUUGUGGGCCAAGGAAAGCAGGUGAUUUGGGACUGUACGGCACUUCAGGGGAGGGGAGCAGGCCUGGCCUCACACCUGAGAAGCAGGUGGGAGAUGCUCGUCCUCUUCCUCCUCCUCCUCCUCCUCCAGCACCAUGCCAUCUCUUGCCUUAUAUUGUAGAACUUGGACCACAGCUAAUGGUCUUGAGUUCCCCUGGGUAUUUGGUUAAAAGGGCAUUAGGGCUGGCUUGGAAUCGUCCACAUUUCUAACACCACUGAGGUGGGAAAGCCCGUUCUGAGUUGUCAUAGCAGAGCUAGAGAAGGUUUACGUCUCUAAAUGCAGUGGCUCCGAGGGAACAAGGGCAGUGAGCAGGCUUUUUAUAGCACAGACGAAAGAACAGCACAGGUGUCAGGAGAGAGAGGCUUCUAGAGGCCAUGCAUAAGAAAGUGAACAUACUGUGGGUAUCGCUUCACUUUGAUUUCUGUCUUUUCUGAUGAAAACUGUUGGUGGAUCCUGAGGCUAAGAGCGGGAAGAUGGAGGCUCGUUUUUGGAUGGUCUUCUUUCUAACCACACUCUUUUUCUAACCACAAAGGAAAAAGGCAGAACGUUCUUCCACUCGUGCCAGCCAAUCAGCAGGAGCCUGGCUUCCUCUGGCCUGCCCCUGCCAUGCUGGGCCGAGGGCGCCACGGCUGCCUCGGAGAUCCCUCCCAUCGGAGAUCACAGGACUUCUUCCUGCUGGCUCAGCCUGGAGGCCAAGGAGCGUUUUGCAAAAGCUGUUUAUCUGAAUUCUGAAGGAACGUGGAGGCUGCUGCUCUUGUAAGCUCUUUGCCUCGGAGUCACACCUAGGCUUCCAGAUGAAGCCUGAGUCAGGGCAGGCCCUCUUCCACGUGGCCAUUGCCAGCUGCCUCUGCGCAGCCACCAUCUACACGGGCGUUUUCAAAGGCGUCCUCAUCCAAGUGGGCUAUGAGCACUAUGCCGAAGCACCAGUAGCCAGCCUCCCUGCCUUCCUAGCCAUGCCCUUUAACUCGGUCAUUAACUUGGCCUACAUGCUCCUGGGAAUGUACUGGCUACAGAGAGAUGCCAGCGCCCUGGGGCGCCCCGCAGAGGUGCAGAGGGCUCGUUACAUGAAGGACGUUUUUGCUGGCAUGGCCCUGGUCUAUGGCCCCGUUCAGUGGCUGCGGAUCGGGACGCAGAUGCCCCUCGCGGCUGUGCUCGACCAGUGGCUCACCUUGCCCAUCUUCGCGUGGCCAGUGGCCUGGUGCCUCUUUCUAGACAGGGGCUGGACACCCUGGGGCUUCCUCGCCAUCGAGUGCCUCUCCCUGUGCAGUUACGGCCUUGCCCUGCUGCACCCCCAGGGCUUUGAGGUCGCGCUGGGUGUGCACAUUGCAGCCACUGUGGGCCAGGCCCUGCGUGCCCAUGGGCGCUAUGGCAGUGCCUCCUCAGGAGCAUACUUGGCUCUGGGUGUGCUCUCCUGCCUGGGCUUUGUGGGCCUUAAGCUAUAUGACCAUCAGCUCACCCAGUGGCCUUUCUUCCAGCGGCUCACAGGCCACUUCUGGUCCAAAGUCUGUGAUGUGCUCCAGUUCCACUUUGCUUUCUUGUUUCUAACAAAUUUAAACACUUGCUAAAGACUUCCUUCUGAGGGUAGGAUGCAUUAAAAUAUGGAAAGAAGUUACUUAAGCCGCUGACUCCCCAACAUGGAAACGGACUAUCAGAUGACAUUCUACCAUCAGUGUUAAAUUUCCUGGGUGUGAGAAGAUACAAAGAUGUGAUGAUGUUUAUAUGAUGAAGACUGUCCCUGCCUCCAAAGUUAUGGGCUUCAGUAUUUAGGGGUGAAAUGUUAUGCUCUCUGCAACUUACUUUCAAAGAGAUAAAGCAAAUAUCUAGAUUCAGGGGAUGUGGGGGUUCAUUAUACUAUUCUUGUAACUUUUGUGUAGUUUGAAAUUUUUCAAAAUAAAAUGUUGUGGGGAAAUGACCCCAAGAAAUCCA